AGGCGUGCGGUGCGCCUGCGCCGCGGCUCUCCCGGCUGCGGGAGGCGGGGUCCGAGGAGGGGGAGCCCGGAGAGGAGCGGGGGGAGGGAGGGAAGAGGCCGCAGAAGCCCGAGCCUUGACCGACGGGCAGGCGGGGGCUGCGGCGGCGCCGCGCCGGCGCCCCCCAUGCGCCAGGCGGCCGGCCGGCGGCGUCGGGGGGCGCCAUGGCCUCGGCGGCGGCGGUGGCCGAAGCGGAAGAGACCACCCGGCUGCGCAAGCCGCGCUUCUCCUUCGAGGAGAACCAGAUCCUGAUCCGGGAGGUGCGCGCCCACUACCCGCAGCUCUACGGCGCGCAGAGCCGUCGGGUGAGCGUGGCCGAGCGGCGGCGCGUGUGGGACGGCAUCGCGGCCAAGAUCAACGGCAUCACCAGCUGGAAGCGCACCGGCCAGGAGGUGCAGAAGCGCUGGAACGACUUCAAGCGCCGCACCAAGGAGAAGCUGGCCCGCGUGCCGCACUCCACGCAGGGCGCCGGGGCCGCCGCCGAGGACGCCUUCUCGGCCGAGGAGGAGACCAUUUUCGCCAUCCUGGGGCCGGGUGUGGCGGGGCCAGGGCCGGGGCCGGGGGCUGGUGCCGGGGCGGAGCAGCCCCCGGCGGCGGCGCCCCCCUCGCAGCCGCUGGCCCCAGGUGCUUACACCGAACGCUGUGUGUUGUCCGAGGACCACCGCAGGGAAGACCGAGGGGCAGACCCACCAGCCCACAGCGAGGGGGGCUCCAGCAGCCCGGAGCCCUCAGCCCGGCCCUCCUGCAGCCCCCCGGAGAGGGGCUGCCCACCACUGCCCAAGCAGCGUGAGUCCUCACCCCCUCCGGCCCUGCAGACCGUCCAGCUGCCCCGUCUGGCCUUGUCUCCACCGCCCCCAGCCCCUCCGGCACCCCCGCCAUCGCAGCAGGUUCAAGGGGCACCCUCGCCCGCCAGCCCUUCGCCCCCACUCCUGCCUCUGCCUGUGCCCUCGGCCCCAGACCCCUCCCUGGACUUCCUGCGGGCUCAGCAGGAGACCGCCAACGCCAUCAGGGAGCUGGCUGGCACCCUGCGGCAGGGACUGACCAAGCUGAGCGAGGCCCUCAGCGCCCUGCUGCCCCUUCUGCCCGGAACCCCCGUGGACCCCCGCCCCCCCCCGCCCCCCCCGCCCCCCAGGCCUGUCCUGCCUCCACCCGCCCCCAAGGUGGAGAGCACCCCAGAGCCCGUGUCCCUGGUGGCUGCUGUCGUGGACCCGGCCAAGGUGGCAGCCAGGGGGGUGAUCGUCGCCCUUAGAAACGAGGAAAGGACCCCCCGGGCGCCCCCAACCCCUCCUCCUCCCCAUGAUUCCCCCCCACACAAGAGGAGGAAAGGUUUUCCCACGCGGAAGAGGCGAGGCCGGUGGAAAUCUCCGUGAAACCUGCCAUUGGAUUCAAGCUUGUCUGCACUUUCUGCCUGCACCGCCUCCCCCAGCUUUGCCCGGCGGAGGAGGGCCAUGCGCCUGCCCUGCGCCAGCUGCACCCUGGCUCCCUGCUGCAGGGGGUGAGCACCCCUAUCCGAUCCCCCAUACUAGUUAGUGCCUGAUUCGCGGGGGCCCUCGCCCAUGGGCCCCCCCAGCCCCUUGUCCAGUACAGCGCUGUCUGCCUGGCUGCUUCCCUUAAUCCUGACUUCUAAGCCAUUGGUUUUAUGUUCUUUCUUACCGCCUUCGGUGGGCUGCACAUCCCCCUCCCCUAACCACUCCUGGUCUUGACUUGAAGAGAAUUGAUCUGCCGGGGGCCUCCCCACUUCCCAGUCCAGACUUGGGAGGGAGUGGGGGCGGCGAGACAAAUCCGAACGUGGAUGACUAUGAGGACACAGCAGUCUGUGUUGGGGGGGGAGGGGGGAGUUGUCACGGGGAGGUACAGGUUGGGUCCUCUGCCUCCCAUUGCCCUCUGACCUCCGGAAGUCAGCCCCUUCCUUUCUCCUCAGUGGUGACAAGAUACCAAUAAACUUAUUUUUAAUACAAUCA